AGCGGGCACCUCUGGUGCCGGGCGCGGGGAGGGGGCGCGCAGAGCUCCUCCGGCGACUCCAGGGCGCGUCCUGCAGGCGACCGCCCAGCCCGAGACGGCCAUGGCGCGCCCUUUGCCCGCGGUGGCUGGCGCCGCGGAGGCGGCAGAGGCACCGUCCCAGGGCCCAGCCCCAGAGUCCGCGGAGGCGCCCGCCGCCGCGGAGGAGGAAGAGGCGCCGCCUAUGGGCCCAGCUCCAGGGCUUUCGGAGCCGCCCGUUGCCGCGGAGGCAUGGGCGCCGCCCCCCGGCCCAGCUCCAGGACUGCCGGAGCCGCUCGCCGCCUGGGAGGCGGCGGCGCCGGCGGAGCUGCCGGGCACCCCGCGGGAGGGCGGCCCGGCCGGGGCGGCCGAGGAGCCGCGCCCCGGCGACGAGGGUCACGCACCGGAGCAGGCGUGCGGUUGCGACGCGCAGCGGUCCCCGGAGGAUUCCGCCGCAGGUGGCAUCACAUCCUUCGGGGAUAGGCGAGGGCGUGCGGGAGGCUCGGUGGUGCGCGAGAGGCGCCGCCAAGUGGAGCUCGUACCUGAGGGCGCCACCUGGAGCACAACGAUGGCCGCGGUCGACGCGGAGGACCCGGCGGGCUCCCCGACGAGGAUACCCAUCGCAGAGCUGCCGCCGCUCCCGGACCGAGGCAGCGGCUACUGGCAGGAGCCUUGGCUUGGAGUCUGCGUCGUCUCGCUGAUGUGCGUGGCGCUGGUUUCCAUUGUGACCGGCGUCGCUCUGAGCCGCCUGUCCCUCGCCAGUGAGGCUGGCAAAGAGGCCCUCAUCGUUACCAAAGCGAUGCUGGCGCUGAUUUGGGUUGAGGCUCUGGUGGCCGUGCUGUCGACUCUAUACAUUGUCUUUGGCGGCGCCGGAGUGAUUCAGCGAAGUCCGGACACGUGCUAUCCCAUACCUCGUGAGGUGUUGGAUCAGUUGCGCGGCAGGGGAGACACCCAACUGUUGCACAACAACAUUAAGAGCGAUGGACAGCCUGCUCUGCCAGACGGAACGUAUUGCGUGCGUUGUUUGGUCUGGCGGCCGACAAGUGGGAUCGUUCACCAUUGUAGUGUUUGCCAGCGGUGCGUCACUGGUUUUGACCACCAUUGUGGUGUCUUCGGCCGUUGCAUCGUGGAGGGCAACAUGAAAUGUUUCAAGGCCACCAUCAGCAUGGCAGUCGCGGGCUUCAUCACCGUGCUGGUGACUGUUGCCAGCGGCGACGAAUUUGGAUUAUUUGCCCGAUGACCGCAGACGGACCAUUCGCGUGGGAGUGCAAAGCUGGCGCCCCACCGCGACACCAUACGUUUUGUACAAGGCGAGAGAUGUCAUCUGCACGGUGUCGACUGUCAGAUCGGUAGUGGCCUUGCAAAGUAAAGUUGACGUGCUGAGUGGCAGCGCGGAGUUGUACGCUUGUGUUCUGAGGCCCAGCGGCGGGCUUCUUGCGUUUCCAGCGGUCGUGGGCGGGCAGAUUGCAGCCUGCGGGACGCAAAAGAAAUGGCAUGCCCAUGCUCAACCGUCCCUUCUGCCAAGCGAGGACGAGCCGCCCCGAUUCCCCACAGCUGGCGUUUGCUGAGCGACCUGGGAUCGGCGCCGCCCCAACAUACUAAUACUAUGUGUGUCGCCCCCACCAGGAGCGACGCGCGCACCGAGAAAUCUUGUAGUAGAUGCGUCGUGGCGG